AUGGUCCCACAGAAGGAGCACAGGAGGAGCCAGAGGGCCUCAGACACAUGCCUGGUGCAGUUCCACUGCUGUCCACCAGAGGGGGCCACAACCUAUGGUACAGACACACGUUCAAAGGUGGACCAGGACCAGCACCAGGACCAGCUGAUUCCUGCUCGGUCCUCCUCAGACCUCCUUAGACCUCCUCAGUCCUCCUCGGUCCUCCUCAGACCUCCUUAG